ACAGCAACAUUGUACCCAUCAGUGUCAAAAUGCCAUACUACCAGGCUGGAAUACAACUGGAAAAAAAUGACUUUCACAUCAAGCUCCACACAAAGGUUGGCAUCACUGUCAUGUGGUACAACAAUGCAGUCAUGGUGGAAAUUGGUGAUGAAUACAUUAAUCGCACUUGUGCACUUUGUGGAAAUUUCAAUGGCAAUUCAAACUACAAUGACUUCAGUGAUGAAGGUCAACAAAUCAGCCCCAUGAAGUUUGGCAAGAAAUGGAGAACCCCUCGUCCAAAUGAUAACUGUGAGGACCCCAAUGAAGAGGCAGAUACAUCACUGGAGACUGAGAAUGUGACAGAGGAGUGCGAGGAGUUUGAAAACAUCUGCAAAGACUUCUUUGAAGAUAAAUCCUGGAGCUCCUGCACCGAUCAGAUUGACCCUGAGCCUUACAUUAAAGCCUGUAUGCAGGAUAUGUGCCGCUGUAGCAAUACAAAUGACUCCUGUGUCUGCAGCACAUACUCUGAGUUCUCUCGACAGUGCUCCCAUGCUGGGGGAAAACCUCCCAACUGGAGGACUCCCGAGUUGUGUGCUAAACACUGUCCGCCCACCAUGGUAUAUGAUGAGUAUGGGUCUCCUUGCAUCGAUACCUGCAGAUUCCCAGACACAAGUUUACUUUGUGAAGAUCAAAACAUAGACGGCUGCUUCUGUCCUCCUGGAACUGUGUUUAAUGAUGUUUCCAUGAGGGGGUGUAUUCCUCUUUCUGAAUGUCCGUGCAAACGUGACAAAAUCUAUGAGUCCAAUGAGAUUUACCAAGAGGAGGGAAAAAACUGGAUUAUGUGAGUCCAAAUUUUACCAUUCUGGUCCAUUUGACACAAUGUGCAAAUCAAGAAUACGACACUUGUCUCAA